GGUGGUGGCGGCGGUGGCGGUGGAGCAGAUUGUAUGGACAAAAAGAGUUCCUGUCCUGCGUGGGCUAACAGUGGAUACUGUAAGGGUCAAUACGAACAGUACAUGAAACAAAACUGUAAGAAGAGCUGCAAGUACUGCGGUGGUGGCGGGGGUGGAGGAGCAGGCGGCGGCGGAGGCGGUGGUGGUGGAGGUGGUGGAGACAGUGGAUCAGGAAAAUGCGGAUAUAAACCCAGUGCACGAAUUGUGGGUGGUACUGAAGCCCCCAAAGGAGCUUGGCCUUGGCAAGCAUUGAUCACGUCUUGGGGUUUUGGAUUUUGUGGAGGAACUUUAGUUGAUGAGCAGUGGGUUGUCACGGCGGCUCACUGUACUGCUGGUAAAUCUGCCUCAAGCAUUCGCGUAAGACUUGGAGCUCAUUAUCGCAAGAGCAAUGUUGGAACAGAACAGGAUAUGGAGGUCGAAAGAAUCAUCAAUCACCACAGCUACAAACGACCGUACGGCAUGGCUCACGACAUCUCCUUGCUGAAACUGCGCAGUCGCGCACAAAUAAACGAAGCUGUAAACCUGGCCUGCUUACCUGAAUCAAGUGGAGAAGUUUCAGAUGGCAAGAUGUGUUGGGUUACGGGAUUUGGAACAUUGUCUUCUGGUGGCUCUCUAGCAAAGAAACUCAUGCAAGUUGAAGUGCCAAUUGUCUCCCAAGCCAGUUGCAAACGGGCUUAUGGUUCAUUAAUACACGACUCAAUGGUUUGCGCUGGACUCAGAGAGGGAGGCAAAGACUCGUGCCAAGGAGAUUCAGGUGGUCCUUUGGUUUGUGAAUCCAACGGAAAGUUCUUCCUCGAGGGUGUUGUAUCGUGGGGAAGCGGAUGUGCUUCACCAGGAAAAUAUGGAGUCUACGCCAGGGUCCGUUACUUGAGGCAAUGGAUUGAUAACACAAUGAACAAAUAUUAAGCACCAACAUGCCUGUAAGAAAAUAAAUAAAAGGUGCUGCACGACAAAUCCACUGUUUUUUCUU